AUGGAGUCCCAAGAUCUCUGCGGCCACUGCACGCUAAGAGAAGGGUACAGUACCGCAUUCGAUGCCAUGCCACGUUCAGCCCAGUGGGACUGUGGAAUAGCUUCCAAUCCAUCAGCCUUAGCUAGUGGUGACCAUGAUAAUGGUUCUAAGUCCAGUCCUCAGUGCACCAACAUCAACCCAAGAGUUGCUCGAACGGGCGGUAAAUUUACACUCGUGAAUCUUGAUAAUCUUUUAGACAUUUAUAUCUUAAUUUCGGAUCCCUAA